AUGGACGGUCCUCAUAACGAGCUUGCAACGAAAGUUGAUCACGAUGAAGGCGGAGGGAGCGACUCGCCGAGAACUAUCAAUGCGCCGACGGUAUUCCCAGCGGGAGAAGACCAUGGCCAGCAGCUGCCAUCGCAUCUACAGCUGCCCCAAAACGAGGCACAGGCCUCAGACGCCGAGCCAUUCCAGCCGCUGGUCGAGGAGCUGAAGCGACUGAAUCCAGAUGACCCGCAACUGGCGCACCAGGCUGCCCAGAUCGUGAGAUUUUACCGACGAUUGUAUGAGUCCUAUGUCGCAAAAGAGUCCGAGAUCCAACGUUUUGAGAGCGCGAAUGGGGAACUCCGCACUGCAAACAUUCAAUUGUGCCAAGAACGUGAAUAUCUGAGAAGUAGAUAUGCCAAGCAAGCACAAGAUCUGGCCUAUUUCAGUCAUGCCUUUGAUAAUCUUGGCACGGGUAUCGGUAGGCUCCUAAAGAGCUCAAAGGGCUGCACCCCGGAACCGAUGUGUGAUACAUCUACGAAAGUGAACGAGGAAGGUUUCUAA